AAAAGAAAAAGAAAAUGCAAAGUAGUUUAAACUAAAUGAAUCAGCUCAUAUGUUUGUGAAAUAAACAUUUGGUUUAAUUUCGGGAGAAAAACAUAAAAAUAUAAGAGAAAUGGGGAGGGACAAUAAUAAUAAUAAGUAAAUUAACCAAUAAGGAGGGAAGAAGAGAAAAAGUCAAAACAGAAAGAGAGAAUGUUUGACCCUCUGUUUUUGUCUAAGCACACACACACACACACAGAGGGGAGAGGGUAGGGGAAGAGGCGGCUUUGUACUUUGUGCGACUGACUUACUGACUUCUUCUGACGGCUCCGUCCCCCGUCGUCUCUCUUUCUCUCUUCUCUUUUUUUUUUUUUUCCGGUUUACGACUUUUUCUUAAUCUUUUGAUUAAAGUAAUUAGUAGUAUUAGCUUGUGAACUAAGAAAUUCGAAACCAACCAAACCAACUACCGCUUCAACUCUUUUCUUUCUUUCUUUCUUCUUCUUCACUUUUCUUCUGCUUUGGUUCUUGCAAUAAAAAUUAAAGAAGUUCCCCGGCUACCACCUAAGGAAGUGUUGAUAUAUAUGGCUGUUGUUGAUGCCUUCCCGGCGAGAAAGCGUCGGCCUUUGGUCGUCUCCGAUUCUCCAAAGCUUUCAUCAUCAUCAGAAGCCAAAUUAACACGUUCUCUGUUCGUAGCGUCCCAUGAGAUGUCUUCUAUGCUUCCUCUCCCCUUCUUCCUCCGUCGCAAUUCUCUCUCUCUCAUUCGCAAAGCUCAGAUUAUAGCUUCCGUUUUCGAUGAGCUUCUCCGAUCCCAAUCUGUUUCAAACUACUACUCCCAAUCCGCUCUCCUCUGCUUCGAGGAAAUGCUACUCGUUAUGCACCGUAUCAAGUCUCUCAUCGACGAUUGCUCUCGUGCUAGCAGACUCUGGCUACUCUUGCAGAUCGACGUCGUUUCCUUCAGCUUCCACGAGCUCGUCGCCGAUUUAUCCACCGUUCUCGAUAUUUUACCGGUCCACGACUUGGGCCUCAGCGACGACGCCCAAGAUCUCAUCUCCCUCCUCAGAAAACAAUGCUCCCAUUCGAUGAUGUUUCAGUUCGUCGAUCCCCGAGACGACGCCCUCCGCCGUAAAGUCACCGAUACAAUCGACGCCAUCAAGCACCACCAGAUCUCCCCUCAUCACUCUACGCUCACCGCUAUUUUCAACGACCUUGGCUUCACCGAUUCUGCUUCUUUGACCGACGAAAUCCAGAGACUAGAGGACGAGAUACACGAUCACAUCGACGACAGAUCCAAAUCCUCUGCCGCCUCUCUCAUCGGCCUCGUCCGUUACUCUAAGUGCGUCCUCUUCGGUCCCUCCACGCCGUCGCCUCCUGACUUCCGCCGCCACAAGUCCUUGUCGGACGCUAACAUCCCCGCCGAUUUCCGGUGCCCGAUCACGCUCGAGCUGAUGCGUGACCCGGUGGUCAUCUCCACCGGUCAGACUUACGAUCGAGAGUCGAUUGAUCUCUGGAUCCAGUCGGGGCACAGCACCUGCCCUAAAACAGGACAAGUCCUCAAGCACACCUCCCUCAUACCUAACCGCGCCUUGAAGAACCUCAUCCUUUUGUGGUGCCGCGAUCAGAAGAUACCGUUCGAGCUCUCCGGCGACGGCGGUGGGGGAGACGCCGGUUCCCCUUGCAAUGAGGCGGCAGAGUUUACGAAGAUGAUGGUGGAGUUUCUGAUCGGGAAGCUCUCCGCAGCCGAUAAGAACGGUAUCGUUUUCGAGCUGCGGGCGCUGGCCAAGUCGGACACGGUGGCCCGAGCCUGCAUAGCCGAGGCUGGAGCAAUACCGAAGCUGGUAAGGUAUCUAGGAACGGAGUGCCCGAGCCUACAGAUAAACGCGGUGACGACGAUCCUCAACCUCUCCAUCCUGGAACAGAACAAGACGAGGAUCAUGGAAACGGACGGAGCAUUAAACGGCGUCAUCGAGGUCCUGCGUUCGGGAGCCACGUGGGAGGCUAAGGCCAAUGCCGCCGCCACUUUCUUCAGUCUGGCAGGCGUCUCGGCCUACCGAAGAAGACUAGGGAGAAAGGCACGUGUCGUAAGCGGAUUGGUCGACUUGGCUAAACGGGGACCCACCAGCUCCAAGAGAGACGCGCUCGUGGCGAUCCUCAACCUGGUGGCCGAGAGAGAGAACGUUGGGAGGUUCGUCGAAGCUGGGGUGGUGGAAGCCGCAGGAGACGCAUUCCGAGAGCUGCCGGAAGAGGCGGUGGCUGUGGUGGAGGCGGUGGUCAGAAGAGGAGGACUCAUGGCGGUGUCAGCGGCUUUCAGUCUGAUAAGGCUGUUGGGGGAGGUAAUGAGGGAAGGAGCGGAUACCACAAGGGAGAGCGCGGCGGCCACGCUGGUCACAAUGUGCCGGAAAGGAGGGUCGGAGCUAGUGGCGGAGAUGGCGGCGAUUCCAGGGAUAGAGAGGGUUAUAUGGGAGAUGAUAGGAGCUGGAACGGCAAGGGGAGGGAGGAAAGCGGCUUCGCUGAUGAGGUACCUAAGACGGUGGGCCGCCGGAGAUACACAUAAUGAAACGACGACCCCUGAGACGCACAGCAUUGUAGUCCCAACCCCAAGUAGGAUUUUUACUCCCGUUUUAUGAUCCUUUUGCUUCUUCUUCUUCUGUGUAUAAGUUUUUAUCAAACCUUUUUUUUUUUUUUUUCUCCUGAUGACUUGAAAAGAAAGUAAAGUCAAAAGUGAUUCUUUUACGAAGUAUUAUUAUUACACUGCAAUUGUAAACAGGGGCGGAUCCAAAGAGGGACUAGGUGGGGCACGUGCCUCAUGCUAAUUAAAAAAAAAAGAUUACUUUUUGUUAUAACUUAUUAGAUUAAAAUAUCAAAUGACUAUUAGUGUCUGAGUAAAUGUUAGGAAUGAUGUGUUUCAUAUUUCUAAUAUCAUUUGUUUUUCGUUUA